GGCAGUUGAUGACAAUGUGACAAAUUGUUUCAUCAUUAUUCAUUACAUUACUUUGUAUUAGUUGUAUACAUAGACAGGGUGUUUCCUGAAAGAUGUAAAAGCUGCAUUUAUCCAAACAAUCAUUGAACAUUAAAAUAAAUUAUUGUCAAAUAUGAACAUUAAUUGAUAACAAACAGAACAAUUUUAAAAGAAAGGAAUUACAUUUAAAAAAUACGAGAAGUAACUAAAUUUGUAAUAGCAAAUAUAUGUUAUCAAGAUGGCUGGCGGUAGUAAGGGAGAAGUUGAAAUUGAUGAAACCAUGGAAAAAUUUGGUGUAUACCAAACAAUACAAUAUUUUUUAAUUUGCCUGCCUGUUAUGUUUGUCACAAUGUUUAACGUUAAUUACGUAUUUGUAGCUGGUGAGCUAAAUUAUCGUUGCCGUGUUCCUGAGUGUGACGACCAAUCGACCGCAUAUCCAGCCUACAAGCCAUCUUGGUGGCCGGACAAAGAUAUAGAUAGAUGCACAAGGCCAAUGUUAAAGCAGCUCACAGGAGGAGCUUGCACCAAACAGAGUUUUUCUGACAGAGGUGAAGUGUGCAAAGAAUGGGUUUAUGAAACUAACGACACAGUUAUAGCAGAGUUAGAUCUCGCAUGUCAACCAUGGAAGUCAAAUAUGAUUGGCGCUGUCCACAAUGUUGGUUUGUCGAUUGCGUGGCUCGCGUCCGGUUAUCUUGCAGAUAGGUUCGGUCGCAAGCCAACAUUAAUUCUUAGCGGUGUGCUGGGUGGGAUUGGUAUUUUCAAAGCCUUUACGAAAUCGUACUUCUUGUAUAUAGUACUAGAAUUCUUGGAAGGAACGAUCGGUGGUGGCUGCUAUACAGCUGCUAUGGUAUUAAUGAUAGAAAUCGGCGGUGUUGAGAACAGAGUGCUGGCCGGUGUAAUUUUUUCCUAUGCUAUCUAUGUUGGGGAGACCCUGUUCGCUCUAAUAGCGAUGUUUGUGCCUUUUUGGAAAACAUUAAUUUUAAUAGUCUACAGCCCCGUUAUCGUUUUUCUUUUGUUUUUCUUUAUAAUCAAAGAGAGUCCUCGAUGGGAAUUAUUAAACGAUAAAACGGAGAAAGCUAAAAAAACCUUACUUUAUAUAGCAAGAGUAAACAAAAUUAAUAUCAAUAAAGAGAAAUUAUCAAAUAUGACGGCAGAGAAUUUAAGGAGAGAGUUUAAAAUGGAUACAUAUCAAGAAAGAGAAAGUUUUAAAGCUGUAAUUAGAUCUAGAGAAAUGAGGAAGCGAACAUUAGUUGCCGGGUUUUGUAAAUUUACAUCGGGUUUCGUUUAUUACGGCUUGAUGAUAAACUCUGUAUUCUUGCCUGGUAGUAAAUAUACUAACUUCAUGUUGGCUACUGUCAUGUCGUAUCCAGGCGAGCUGAUGUCUUUGUAUUUUAUGAAUAAAUUCGGAAGGAAAUUUCCAUUGAUAUAUGGAUUUUUAUUAUGUGGAGUGCUAUGUUCUGCAUGCGGUGCGGUACCUGAAGAUUACAAAGCUAUUAAAGUAACUCUAUUCCUAUUGGGUAAAUUGAUAGUGUCAGUGUGUUUCACUGGUGUGAUCACAUACACUAUGGAGUUGUUCCCCACAAGCGUUAGAGGCACGAUGCUGGGCGUAUGCUCGGUUUGUGCAGGCUUUGGAAGCAUCCUGGCACCACUCACACCAAUAUUAAAUCAAAUUUCCAUAAUACUUCCACCGUUGAUAUUCGGAGCGACCGCCCUCUUGUCCGGGGUGCUACUGACACGCACCCCGGAGACAAAAGGCGCACCUCUCAUGGACACUAUUGAACAAUUGGAUAGGACUUACGGCCAGGGUUCCAGUGGAAGAAGUUAAUUAUGAAUAAAAUAUCGAUGAU